CACGUGUAUGAGUGUGGAUCUGCGUCUAGACAUUCCCGACUUCUUCCCUCCCCCUCCAAAUAAAAGACAGCAUCCUGCUCUCAAGUGUCAGUCACUUGCUCAACUUGCCUCUCUCUCCCAGAGUUCUUGAAUCUGAAAAAAUUCAUCAUGGCAGCCAAGAUGGUGAUUCAACAGCCCAAGCCUUUGGUAGUGGCUGCUGCAUCAGACCAGUGGACCACCAGCAUCUGCGAAUGCGACAACGUCAACGAAUGUUGUUUCUCUGUGUGGUGUUUCCCGUGCUUUGCCUGCAUUACAGCCAGAGACCACGGAGAAUGUCUCUGUCUCCCUCUCCUGGACAGCUGCGGGUGUAUUCCCCCAAUCACUCUCUCCAUGAGGGUGUCCACGCGCAGACGUUACGGCAUCACGGACUCUAUCUGCAAUGACUGUGUGUACUCUUUCUUCUGCGGCCCGUGCUCAUGGUGUCAGAUCAGACGAGAGAUGAAGGCAAGACUCCAUCCUGUCACUCUGUUUAACAACAGGCCUACCUAAAGAUCGCCAUCGCACCUUCAUUAUCCUUAGCACACUUUGUCCUUAUCGGAUCACGUCCAAAAAAAACAAAGACUUGCUUGUUCUGCGGUUGUAAUCACAGUUUUCGAUCUUCCUCCCACACACACUGACCUGAGAUCAGCCCCUCGGCAUCGCACUGUAGAGGAAUGUGUUUUACAUAUUAAUGGUGUUCAGCUUUAAUCCAGGAAGUGAAGAAUGGAUCCUCCUGAGAAAUACUCAGAUUUGGGAUUUUAAUGUUGAAACGUGGUUAGUCUAACUAAUUUUAUUAUAGAUUGUUUUAAUUUGCUUUAGUUUUCAGAGACAGCAUAUUCUUUCCCAUGUAUCUCACAUUCUGUAUCUUAUAUAUAAAAUGUUAAGCAUAAUAUGAUUGCAGUUAGAAAGUUGUUAUAUUGAGCCAUUGAUAUGUGAGACUGGAGGUUUGAUAUUACUAAAAAAUGUUUCAGUGUGUGUUUUUGCAGGCCUGUAAAUGAUUGAAUGUAGAAAAUAUACAAAUACGUUGGGACUCUCAAUAAAGCUGAUCAAAAACAUA